CUCAUUUAAUAUUUUGAACUUUAUAUUGCUAUCAACUAAUGAAGUUCAAAGAUUUAAUAGGAAAGUUUCUUUUAAUUAAAAGGUUUUAUUUAUUUUUUAAAUAAAUUUAUUUACUUUUGGCUGCGUUGGGUCUUCAUUGUUGCACCCAGGCUUUCUCUAGUUGCGGCGGGCAGGGGCUACUCUUUGUUGCGGUGCGCGGGCUUCUCGUUGCGGUGGCUUCUUAUUGCAGAGCAUGGGCUCUAGGUGCGUGGGCUUCAGUAGUUGUGGCGCACGGGCUUAGUUGCUCCGCAGCAUGUGGGAUCUUCCCGGACCAGGGCUCAAACCCGUGUCCUCUGCAUUGGCAGGUGGAUUACUUAACCACUGCACCACCAGGGGAGCCCAAAAGGUUUUAUUAAAAUUACCUUUUAAGAGUGAAUAAAAUGAGCACCUGUUCAAUUGUAAUCAUUUUGGGUUGAUCAUAUAAAAACAAAAGGGCUUCCAGGAGGGAGAAGUCAUAUAUAUUAGCUUUUACUUCUAUUUUAUGACUCCUUUAUAAGUGUUGGCUUUUCCAUUUUUAAUAUUCUGGUUGUUGUGUUACUGUUUUCAUUUGCAGAGACUGUUGUUGCUAUAUACCUACUCAAGGUUGUAUUGAUCAGUUUUCAUAGUCUUCCUUAAGUGUGGAUAUCUUGAAUGUUUGCUUAAAAAUAAAUCUGUGGUGGUGUUAUACAACUGUGCCUUUGUCAAAACUCAUAGAACGGCGUACUGAAAGGAGUGAGUUUUAUUCUACAUAAAUUAAAAAGUAUAUUUUAAAGUAUAAAUAUGGUAGGAAAAUGAAGUGGAAAACCAGAGAGGCGGUAGAUAACUAGGUAUAUAUUUGGCUACUUUCUUUGUUGGUAUAAAACUUGGGAAAUUGUUGGGAAUUCCCUGGUGGUGCAGUAGUUAGGACUCCACGCUUUCACUGCUGAGGGCAUGGGUUCAAUCCUUGGUUGGGGAACUAACAUCCCAGAAGUCGCAUGGCGUGGCCUAAAUAAGUAAAUACAUAAAUAAGUAAAUAAAUAAAUAAAUCUUGGGAAAUUUUUAAUUAAAAAGAAGAAAUGAAUCUUGGAAAACUUAUUUGCCUUUAUAUACUUAACUUGACAUUGGUUAAGUUGAAAUUUUAUCACUGGUGAACAGUAAUUUUGUUCACAUAAAAUUUCUUGAUAUCUAUAUUUGUCCCCCAGAAGGGGGGGAUAUGUACUUUGAUUUCAUCAAAGGAGUAAGCUCAAUUGAUUUAUUUAGAUUUUUAUGUGUUAGCCACACUUUAGAAAAGGAUCUAUAAGUUCCUUUACUGUGAAAAGCAUACCCUUCACUUAGUGAGACUAAAAACCUUAUUAUGUAUUUUCCUUUAAAACUUUUAAGGCAACAAACUUGCCAUGGUUUCUUGGGUUGUUAGGCUAUAUGUCUCAGUUUUCUCUAAAAGUCAGCUGUGGAAGUGGUCACAUAGUUUUGUGAUUAAAGUUUUGAGUAUAAAGCUAAGAAAAGAAAAUAGUGUUUAGUUUUAAUGUGGAUUAAAAUGAGAAUCUUUAAAUUAUAAACCAAAAUUUGUAAGUUAUAUCACGAAAAGUGGAACAAUAGGAUCUACCAUGAUUUUGAUGCAAUUUUUUUAAAAAAGGGACUUUCCAAAUACCAACUUUUUUCCUCUGGUUCAUUUUAAGAGCUGUAAAUUGAUUGUGGCUUUGGGAUGACUGUUUAUUAUUUCUAAAUUUUCCUGUUUGUGACAUUUUCCUUUUGAUCAUACUUGAUUGCCUUAAAAUUCUUCUUGGUCCCUCAGUUUUCUCCAAAGUUUCUCUUUGUCUUGGGUGCCUUUUUUCUCCUUCUCAUGACAAAACUUGGUAUCCUUUGUUUUUCCUUUUAUUUAUUUAAUGUGCUUGGAUAGGAUUCUCUGGAAGUGUUAACCUUGCAAGGAUGAGUAAAUUAGGUUUACUUUAUUGAAUGCUGCUGCCACUACUUUCCUGUUCCUACAGUUUACUCCAAAAUCUAGCCUUAGCAUAGAAUUCUUAGGUGAAAGAUGACAGAGAUCAAUGGAGGUGAUAAAGUGUAGAACCCCAGGACUAGUGAUGGAAGAUCAUCAACAGUUUUCCUUCUUUGCUCUAAAGAGUCAGAAUGUUUUAUAGCUGCUUGAUAACUUCUUAGAGAGCACACUAACCUCAGUCUCUGUAGCUGUUCUCUUCUCAGUGCUUUUCAAAGGUUGUAUGAUUUGCCAUGUCACAAAAGAUUUUUCAGAAAAAUAAGCUUCGUCACCAUUUUUGCCAUGUAACACUAAAUUUGACAGAAUACUCUUUGCUUUAAUUCUACAUAUAUAUGUAUUAUAUAUUUGUUAUACAUAUAUCUCUCACAACCUAAUAGAAAACCAUAAACUAAUUAGUCUUGCAAGUUCAGCUUAUCUUUUAAAUACUAUUUAUCUUCUAGAUUGUAGCUCCAAUUGUGAUUCUUAAAAUUACUGUUAAAAUUUAUUCACUUCCUGGGACUUGCCUGGUGGUGCAGUGGUUAAGACUCCAUGCUCCCAAUGCAGGGGGCCCAGGUUCUAUCCCUGGUCAGGGAAAUAGGCCCCACAUGCAUGCUGCAACUAAGGAGCCCACAUGCCGCAACUAAGCUGGCAAGCUGCAACUAAGGAGCCCACAAGACGCAACUAAGGAGCCCACGAGCCACAACUAAGGAGCCCACCUGCCGCAACUAAGACCUGGCACAACCAAGAGAUGUGAUGGAGCUGCUUGAAGAAGAUCUCACGUGCCCAAUUUGCUGCAGUCUGUUUGACGAUCCUCGAGUUUUGCCUUGCUCGCAUAACUUUUGCAAAAAAUGCUUAGAAGGGAUCUUAGAGGGGAAUGUGCGGAAUUCAUUGUGGAGAUCAUCUCCAUUCAAGUGCCCCACAUGCCGCAAGGAAACUUCAGCCACCGGGGUCAGUAGCCUGCAGGUUAAUUACUCCCUGAAGGGUAUUGUGGAAAAGUAUAACAAGAUCAAGAUCUCUCCCAAAAUGCCAGUGUGCAAAGGACACUUGGGGCAGCCUCUCAACAUUUUCUGCCUGACUGAUAUGCAGCUGAUUUGUGGGAUCUGUGCUACUCGUGGUGACCACACCAAGCAUGUCUUCUGUUCUAUCGAAGAUGCCUAUGCUCAGGAAAGGGAUGCCUUUGAGUCCCUCUUCCAGAGCUUUGAGACCUGGCGUCGGGGAGAUGCUCUUUCUCGCUUGGAUACCUUGGAAACUAGCAAAAGGAAAUCUCUACAGUUGCUGACUAAAGAUUCAGAUAAAGUGAAGGAGUUUUUUGAGAAGUUACAACACACAUUAGAUCAAAAGAAGAAUGAAAUCCUUUCUGACUUUGAGACCAUGAAACUUGCAGUUAUGCAGGCCUAUGACCCAGAGAUCAACAAACUCAACACCAUCUUGCAGGAACAACGAAUGGCCUUUAACAUUGCUGAGGCUUUCAAAGAUGUGUCAGAACCCAUCAUAUUUCUGCAACAGAUGCAGGAGUUCAGGGAGAAAAUAAAAGUCAUCAAGGAAACUCCUUUGCCUCCCUCUAAUUUGCCCUCAAGCCCUUUAAUGAAGAACUUUGAUACCAGUCAGUGGGAAGACAUAAAACUAGUAGAUGUGGAUAAACUUUCUUUGCCUCAAGACACUGGCACAUUCAUUAGCAAGAUUCCUUGGAACUUUUAUCUGUUAUUUGUGGUAAUCAUUCUGCUGGGCUUUCUCAUUUUCUUCAGUCCUACCAUAUUCCUAGAAUGGUCUUUAUUUGAUGAAAUCACAACUUGGAAAGACAAUCUUUCAAACUUUAGUUCCUACCUGACUAAAUCAGCUGAUUUUGUAGAACAAUCAGUUUUCUACUGGGAACAGUUGGCAGAUGGGUUUUUCGUUUUCAGUGAAAGAUUAAAGAAUUUCACUUUGGUGGUGCUGAACAAUGUGGCAGAAUUUGUGUGCAAAUAUAAACUGUUAUAAAAUCUGUUUGAAGUA